AUGCAAAAUGUACAAACAAUGUGUAUGGCCAUUUUGCUGUUAAUCGUUGGUUCCGUCGUUGCUGAAAACUUGCUCUUUUCAGAUUGUGGAGUUCGGACAUUGCGUCGUCUACCACGGAGUAAUCUUACCAGAAUACCAACUACCACCAACUUCAGCCACUCCAGCUUGACGCCCUUCGUUAGGAAUCCGAAAAUAAUGCACGGUACGCCUACGGUCGAAGGUCAAUACCCAUGGCAGGUAUCACUGGAGCUGUUGCAUCCGUCGUACGGUUUUAUAGGCCAUUGGUGUGGUGGAGUGCUGAUUGAUCGAAACUGGGUACUAUCCGCUGCCCACUGUAUUCACAAUGAUUUGUUCAACUUGCCACUACCCGCACUUUGGACAGUGGUUCUUGGAGAAUAUGAUCGUCGAUCGGAAUCUGGCUUCGAACAGCGCAUUCCAGUUGAUAAAAUAAUUUUGCACGAGAAGUAUCAUAACUUCAAGCAUGAUCUUGUGUUACUGAAGCUCGGAAAGUCAGCCAAUACGUCACCAAAUUCUCGUGUAAGGAAGAUAUGUCUUCCGUUUGCAGACUUUAAAGUCAACAGCAUGGCAUUUGAUCCAAGACCCGGCCAACAAUCGAAACUGAGUACAGUAAACAAACCAGCCUAUUUCUUCGAAAAAACUCCAACUGACGAUCUAGAGAACCAACAAGAACCACAAACCGAGAACUUCUAUGAACAAGACCAAGAAGCUUUUCCAGAACCCGUCCCACUGAGGGAUGAAAAUUUUUUAAGACACUUUAAAAAAUCCUUACAAACGCCAUCUACGAAGGAUCGAUCUUUGCGAACACGCACUGCACGAUAUAUGAUUAAUCAUUUGGUAGCGGAACGACUUCUGGCCCUUCGUUCCAAUCGCACGCGCCAAAAUUUAUCUAGCGAACAACCAGAAUCCAAAAACUCCGACGAAGGGAGUGAAGGUAGACUGAAUCAUUCCAGUCAGUCAUCAAGGCGACUGCUAACCGAGGGUAUGUUCAAACCAGACAAACCCCAUCCCCGCCAGAGUCUCAAUGGGAAACGGUGGAUAUACCACCCAUUUGCAGGAAAUAUCGUCUUGGCUCGCAACGUGGUGUCCCAUCAUCAGCAUCACCGGGCCGAUCUGAACAGUAAAUUCGGCAACAAUAGACGACGGAACGAUAAAUUUUCCCAUGCUCCAGUUUACUAUCGCAAAGAACCUAACUACCGUACCGAGGACGCCAUCGAUCUCGUAUCACCUGAAGCCAAUGGUCCAACAGUUAAUACCGCAUCGGAUGUCGAGACGGAUCAUGGCCCUUCUACAAGUGCGAUGCCAGAUACAUCCCAGUACGUGGAUUGCUUAGCAACAGGUUGGGGAAAAUCUACAAUCGAUGAUGAACUGACUGAUGUCUUGCUGCAAACGCGCGCACCAAUACAGAGUAGUAAGAAGUGCGAGGAAGCGUAUGGGGAUUUUAUCAAACUACACCGUGGUCAUCUUUGCGCUGGAAAUCUGGACGGAGCCGGUGGAACAUGUGUGGGAGACUCUGGCGGUCCAUUGCAAUGUCGCAUAAGCAAAAGGGGUCCAUGGAUAUUAGUUGGAAUUACAUCUUUUGGAUCGGGUUGUGCGUUUAAAAACUACCCGGAUGUGUAUACCAAAAUCUCUUUCUAUCGCCAAUGGAUAGUAGAAACCAUACAAAACAACUGA